AUGAGGCACAAGCGGUGGCACGCUGUUGACCUUGAGCGUUGUGACAAAGCGCUGGUUCAGGUUACCACAUUCGUCAAACUUGUUAUUUCUGGAAGCGUCGAUUCAUGCGUCCCUGUACGUCACAUGACCGCCGCUGGAUCUGGUCGUAAGGCUUUGAAAAAAUUGUUCUUACCAAACAAAAUGGUCCACGCACUCAAUCCCAUAUUUCCUUCCGCAAUGUCACAACUGAGUUCAACUCAACGUGGCAGUUCACUCAGAGGAUACAUGUGCAUUGAAACUGCCUCAGGUAGCGAGACACGAAACGCAACAUCAUUGUCCGUAGAUUAA